AUGAUGGACAAGGUGCUCAAGGAAGAAGAAACUGCCGCCUCAAGGGAGAACUGCAGUGCUGAGCCAGUUCGUAUGGUUUUCGAGAUGGACCGAUCCCUUGACCGUCGUCGCUAUAACGCCCCUACAUGCAACGAGGUGGCCGUUGUUUACGUCGGCGAAGACGGUGACGUUCCCGCUCAUCGCGAAUUUGCCGUACAUCCAUAUGGAAACGCAGUUCAGAAGAUCUCAGACAUUUCCAAUCUUGCCCAUCCUCUCUGCUACCCGACAUGGUUAUUCAUGAGUGCUCCGAAUGUUCCUCUGUUUGAUUUUUCACCUAACUCUUCCACCCCACUCGUUCUCCAUAUUGAGCAAGUCUGGUUGAUUUUUGGCCAACUUCCCAAAGUUAUCCUUUACCCGGCUAACCAUCCACGCGAGGACUCUAAGGAGCAGCACAAGGAUUCCGACGUUUGGGAACCACGUCCAUCUGCCAAAUCGUACUAA